AUGGCUAGGCCACCGGUUUCCACCUUAAUUAGGAUCAAGGAGAAGGGUGAGUCUUCGUCUUUGUCUCUGGCUUCGCCUUCUCCGGCAACUUUCUUCUGCAAGAUCUGCAUGGACGCCCCUCCCGACGCCGAUAUGUUCACUAACGGCGCUGCCCCCACUCCUUCUGCCGUGACUGCCUCGGUCACUACGUCAGCGAGAAGGAGCAUCCUCGAGCCGCAGAGUUUCCGCGGCAUGAUACCCUGCGAGGUGUUUGACUGGUGGGAGGCGGCGGCAUGCGAGGCCGCCAUCCUAGGAAUGAACCGGAUUUACUGCCCGUUCAAGGGCUGCUCAGCGGCGCUGUUGGUGGACGAUGAGGACGGCGGAGUGGCGACUUUAAAGAAGGCCGAGUGCCCUCACUGCCGGCGACUGUUCUGCGCGUUGUGCAAGGCGGGAUGGCACGGCGAGUUGAGCUGCUCGGAGUUCCAGAGGCUGAGGACGAAGGAGAGGAGGAGGGAAGACUUGCUGCUGAUGGAGGUGGCGAAGGAGAAGGGGUGGAAGCGGUGCCCCAAGUGCAAGUUCUUCGUGGAGAAGACCGCCGGCUGCCUGCACAUCACUUGCAGAUGUGGGCACGAGUUCUGCUACGGAUGUGGAUCAAAAUGGGCAACAAUUCACGCGAGUUGCAGUACUCCAAAUUAA